CUAACCUUAAAUGAAUACCAAAAAGCAAAAUGUUGUUUUCAUUAAUUUUUACGUUAAAUCCAAUUCUGACUUUGUGGCUGUAGUAAGUAAUGACAACCAUCUUUCGGCUGCAAUGGCGUUUGCUGCGACAGCACUUUUCGGCAGCGGGGAAACGGAGGAGAAAGCAACGACAGGCGUUGGAAGUAAAGACGAAAUUGUUUCGGAAACCCUCGGAUUUAUACAAUUAUCGCCUAAGUGAAGUGAGCUUUGUUUAUAAACCCGUUGACGAAACUAUAUUUCGACUUUUUUUUCUAACGUGCAUUGCCCCCUUGAUGAGGUGGGAUGGCUGCAGUGCCGACUGGGCCUAGCAGCGCAUUGCCAGCAUCCCCGGCUGAAAGUUCUCCCUUCCCCGGGGAAGGGGAGCAGCCUGGCUGCGGUUGGGAGGGCUCUGUAACACGACAGGAGCAGCGGGUCAGCGAGGACAAACGGCCAAGUAAGAAAAAACAGAAAAACAUGCUAUCGCAUGCUAACCCGGCUGCGCUACACCUCAAAACGCAGGCCCUACAGGACCAGCAGCUGAACGGGUUGGUCAGUCCGUCUGAAGACGGUGAGAUCUACAACCACACAACGGAAAACCGAUCCGACAAUCCGAGACCGUCCAUGGAGCUCUAUGACAGUAGCAGUUUUGGAGACGACCCGAGUGACAAAAAUAAUAGCGACCAUUGCUGGCAACAUGAGGACCACAGUCCGUGUUCGAAAGGCAGCCGCCACCCUCACUUGAACAACAAUGGCAUGAACGGUAUGUUGACUAUCACAAGAACUGAGGCUUUCCAAAGCCACACUGUAACCGGACACAGCCCCGGUGGUAACGUUAGGAAAAGGGAAUGUGACCCCACAGAAGCCCCUCGACCACCGAGCCAGCAGCCCCCAGACUGCGAAGGCCUUGGCGAGCACCGGGCUGGAGUAGAAAGUGAACCCGACGUCAUACACCAGCCGCCGGUGUCAGAAUUAGCGAGGCUGAAUCUGAACUGUUCGCCUGACCGAGAAGCGGAAGAGAGCCAGGGAAUUCAUUAUGUCCGCUACGAGUCCGAGUUACAGAUGCCAGGAAUCAUGAGGUUGAUCACCAAGGACUUGUCUGAGCCGUAUUCCAUUUAUACCUAUAGGUACUUCAUCCACAACUGGCCUCAGCUCUGCUUUCUGGCCAUGGUGGAGCAGGAGUGUGUGGGGGCCAUUGUCUGUAAGCUGGACAUGCACAAGAAGAUGUUUCGUCGUGGCUACAUCGCCAUGCUGGCUGUAGACUCAAAACACCGGAGGAAAAGCAUUGGUACUAACCUGGUGAAGAAGGCCAUUUAUGCCAUGGUGGAGGGGGAUUGUGAUGAGGUGGUUCUGGAGACUGAGAUCACUAACAAGUCAGCUCUAAAGUUGUAUGAGAACCUUGGUUUUGUCCGAGACAAGCGGCUCUUCAGAUAUUACCUAAACGGUGUGGACGCACUGAGGCUCAAACUGUGGCUCCGCUAGAGAGAGGAGAAGGAGCAUGACAGGUGCUGCCCUCUUACUGAAGCAGCUCCAGUCUCACUCUCAACCCUGCCCUGGUCCCUUGUCUCACGUGUGUGUGUGUGUGUGUGUGUGUGUGUGUGUGUGUGUGUGUGUGUGUGUAUACAUACAUACACACACACACCCACCCAUAUAUAUAUAUAUAUAUAUAUAUACAGUUACACACACACACACCCACGCACAGUCAUACACCCAUAUGCACACACACAUUGUCAUACACCCACAAGCAUAGAUUCACCUACAUUUGCAUAUACAUAGACACACGCACAUGCACACUACUCAUACACAGUACACACACAGUACAUACAACCCUCCCUUUUUUGAUCCUUGACAUCUUGGAAAACAGCUCAAGGCUAAACUGGACAGACAGACAGAAAUCCCACAAUGUUUUAAUGAAGAGGCCCUUGCCCUGUUAGCUGUAGGAUCCUGUUAGAGGGGGAAGGAAGAGGAGUGUGUGAUGUGGUCUGGUGACCUUUAACCUCAGAACAUUGCCCCCCCCCUUCCAACGGAGCAGUAUCUAAGGCAUGAUGUCGAGGGUGAACCCACAAACCCCCGGAGGGCGAUGCAUCACGCAAAAUCACCCACUGGAACACAGGAAAACAGAAGAAGAAUAAUAACACAGGGUGAAAAUAUGGAAGAAGGUGGGAAAACGACAGAUUCGAAGGAAAUAUUUGUGGAGUUUAUUUUUUGUGUAUAUUUUUUAAUCUCAUGAUUCAACAGGGGGUUGGAAAAGCUAUUGUGUGUGUGUUCGUGAGAGUGUGUGUUUUCCCUAGGGGUUUGGAAAAGGAAGUGUUUAGGGUAUUGUGUACAUGUGUAAGGGACGUGAAGUAAAGGAUGUGAAGUAAUGUAGUGGAUGGGUGUGUGCGCACGCAUGCUUGGUGGGAAUCAUGAGUUGUGCGUGUUAGUGUGCUUUUCUCCCCCUGUCUGUGUUUUCAUUAACCCUACGUUGUGAGACGAACACGCCAGCUGCUUGCUGCUCAGUUUUCACCCCGUGCCCCAGACCAAGAGCUGGAGCCUGUAAAGAUAUGCAUGCAUUUAUUUUAACAAGAGUGGUGGUAUGAGUGUGUUGAUUAACACUCGGAACAUUGCCCAGUUCCAAACAGACCCAUAGUCCUAACUCCUAGGCACUUGUGUAGAUCUGAAAGGUUUGGAUAGGUGUAAGCAAUAUGGUGCAAAUUCUUCCUGCCUGUCAGAGGGAAAGGUGGACCUAUUUCCAUUUUAGUAAUACCUAUUCAAUCAUUUCAGAUACACUUGGUAAGUGCUUAGAGGGGUAAGAAUGAGGGGCCUAUUUGAGAUUGGGCACUUGUGUUGGCCCUUUUUGCAGAUCAAAGCUAAUUUUCCCAAAAUGCACUGCCAGCCACUGGAACAUUGCUCAAAAAUCUCCUGAGAAAGAUAAAUAAUUAUUGACAAAGGAGAAGUUUUUUUGGGCUCGGAAACUAUUUCCCUAUUGCAGGUUGUUCAUUCAAAUUCCUCCUAACUUGGAAACUAUUUUUUCCAAUCACCCCUCUGUCUUUCAAUCAUCACAGUUGUCUAUGAAUUAACAACAUGCAGAGCACUGGAGUCCUGUUUCAGUAUGGCAAAGUGUCAGGCUGGAGUAAUAGUGUUAUUAAAUAUGUUGGAUUCCU